AUGUCACAAAAAGACAAGUAUAUUUACAGUGUCGAAAACCUCCAGACUGCGCGACACUGCUCGCGAGAGUAUUUCGAUUUUGAUUUCGAUUUUGAUUGUAACUCCACCAAAGCCAUUCAACCGAAUGUGGACAUUUCGCUAAGCAGUGGCCCAGAUAUGGAAAACUACAAUCAAUCCUUGCUACAACAGCUCAACCCAUUGCUACGGAUACACAUUGACUCCCAUAUACGCGAUACGGAAGAAGUCAAAACACUACUAACGCAAUUUGAACUAUACAACGUCAAAGGUAAAGUAUGGGACAAUAGUGCCAUACGGAAUCGAUUGACGACACCAAAAUACAUUCUCAGUAUACAGCAUGGAGACGAAGUUGAGGUACAAAAGAGAGAAAAUGUCCCCAAUCAGCAUUCAGUGAUAUCACCGUUUAAUAAAGACUCUCCCAUAUUCCCCAAUGGGAUAUUAACCCAUCAUUGGUUUGAAAAAUACAUCACGUCUAAGCCAUUUGGAUUGAUUUAUGUGUGCGAGUUGGAUAGUGCUGGUGAGGAUGUCGAAUUUGCCAUAACCAUGAAGAAGCUAAAGUUGAAGUUGGAAGAAAUUGAUUGUAAAUUGAUCUUGUUAUUGAUUACACCACAGCCAAUUGAUGAAGAACGGAUGAACAUGUUUAGAGCAGAGUUGAAUUUCCCCAAACCUCAUUCUUUAUUCAACUUGAGCAAACUGUCACCAACAUUGCAGCUGGAUAGUGAGGUGUUGGUUAGCAAUGUCUUGUCAAGCUUGACAAAACCGUCUCAUGGUUAUUACGCGAAUUUGGAAUACAAGUUGAAACAACGAUACAAAAAAGUCUACGAUAUCCCACCAACUGAUGAUGUUGACACUUCAAUUGAACUUUCACCUAAAUUUCUCGAAAUUAGAAACAUGAUUAAACAGGGCAUGAUUCUCCAAUUUAUGAACCCUACGAAUUUGGAACCUGGUGUCAAGAUAUUGGAAAUUGCGUAUCAAGAUUUGAUUUCUUUACUCGAUGGAAUAUACGCAAUAAACUUGCUGGAACAUGAUAAUACAAUCAUUGGUCAACUAAUGACAUUGUUGGAUAUAAUUGCAUUCCAUAUAGUGAGAGGAUACUUUACCAUUGAAGAGCCAAUCAAGGCAUUACGUAAACACAAAACACAUAUCAUCAAUGUUGUUGAAGUUUUGAAGCGCGAUCAUGAUUGGAUCUCAGUCCAGUAUGAGUGGUUGGCCCAGUUGAUGAAGUUGAUCCCGUACUCAAUAAUAACCAAUUUGAAUUCAACUGCUGUUUCCCAAUUAAAAGCAAAGCUGAAAAAUGCCAAUACACUAGCCAUGAUGAGUCAUUUUGGUGGGAUUCAUACUCCAGAAUUUGAUUUAAUUACUAACCCAGGCCUUGUCCUAGUCAAGGCAUAUGAAAUGAGUAGUCACGGGGAGAAAAAAAUCGAGUUGUUACAGAAUGCUAUCGAAACUUUGGAGACUAAUCAACUGAAUGCAUUGAACAAGUCGCUGGUUUCAGGACAAGACAACCUCGACUCAUUAUUGUCGUACUUGACUUGGCUUAUCGGUGAAGAAUAUUUCGCCAGUGCAGAGUACAAAAAGGCGUCUGAUUAUUUUGAAAUGGCGUAUAGUUCAUUAGGACUGGCCAAAUGGUCAGAUAUCAGUUAUUUUCUAUUGGAAAAGUUGUUGAAAUGCUAUAUAGAGUUGGGGGUGAAAAAGCUGGAGUUGAAUACUAUUUUGAAAUUGAGCACCAUUCCAAAACGGUUUAUUGCGGAUAAGUUGGUGCAUUCAAGUAGCAAUGUGUUUGAAUUUGAUAAAUCUGAUGGGAUUAGUACCAUGGAGGUGGAUAUCUUGGACUCAAAAUUGCACGAGUUGUUUCUUGUUGACGCAUUAUUGGUGAACAAUAACCUAUCUUCCGGGGCCACCACCGUAGGUGACGAGGUUUUGGCUCAAAUUGAUUUGAAAUCGAAGCUAGAUUUGAGGAUGAUGAGACUCCUACUUCCUCAGACAACAGAUAUCAAUGUGUCACUCAAUCAAAUCGAUGUGAUCUUCAGCAAGGCAGACGACAAGCCAGUUUCAAAUUCAACUGGGUUGAAAAAUGUCUCCAUAACCAAUGAUGGGACAAAACAGCAAAAUGGUGCAAAUUUAAUCGUUCUAAAGGGUCAAGAAUUGAGCACAACGUUUGCUGACUCGGCAAAUUUAUCAAUUGCAUCACCUAAUUCCUCAUUGACCAUACAACAGGUGCAAAAAGUUACAAACACGGGUCAUUUCCAAAUUGACACCAUCAAGUUGCAGAUCACCAUUGAGUUGAGGCAUGGAGGUAAGGUCAUCCGAUUGAACAAGAUCGAAUUGCAUCAAACUUUCCCGCAUUCUAUUUUGCAACAGCGUAAGGUCAAGUUACCCAAUGGUCUUACAAAGACAAUCAGACUUGGCACUGACGGCUCAUCAACGGCGACGGCAACCACAGUGACGACAGCACUGGUGCCUGUACCACCACAUCAGUUAGUUGUAACUCCACCGACUCCGGAUCUCAUUGUUACAACAUCUAAUGACACGGACUGUUACAUUGUUGGCGAACGAUUGUCUAUUCCUUUAAAAUACAGAUUCAAGAAUGGAGAUAUCUUCUACAAGGCUGAUUUGAUGGCGACUGUCAAACAUGGUGAUGUUGUUGUUACUUGGGAUAAAUUGAAAGACGAGGAACCGUUAGUAUUGAAAGGGGGUGCGAAAGGAGACAGUGCCAGUGGUGACAACGAAGAGGGGCACGUGUUGCAUGUGUAUGCUAGAAACUGGUCUGGGGAUAUAAUGAAUAUCGAGAUCUCAUUGGCUGUGACUUAUAGUGGCGAUGAAGAUGAGGCUCUGGGUGAGGGGCUAUCGGCAGUAUAUAAGGUGUUUGAGUUGCAGUUACCAGUUAUUGCUGAGCCUUUCAAGUACGACUAUUCAAUCAGUCCUUAUUUGGAUGAGAAGAGUCUUGAUUUGUAUGUCAGGAGCGAAAAGGAAAGUGAGGUGCUGGAUGAGGAAGCUGGAAAAGUUCAUGAAGCUCCUUUACUAUUGAGGCAGUGGAAAGGAAAAUUGAGACUUAAUGAUCAGUAUGCGCUCAGGUUCGGGACUGCAAGUAACGGAAAUGAUGAGGACGACGCCAAGGACUGUACGUCAAAGUGGUUACAAGUGGUUGAUGUGGAUUUUGACGUCAUUUCCGGACUUCCUGAUCUACAAUUGACUAUGUUGUCAAAACGGGGUAAAUAUGAUCAAUUGUUUGCUACGCAGCUAGUACCGCUGGGGAAAAUGUAUCGCAAUGCCCAAAUCAUUACUUCAAUGACUGUUAAAUGGAAGAGACCCGACUCUGGAGACAGGGAGAAGAAUGAAAAUGAGACGGGAGGGGUGAAUGAGUUGACUAUUCCCGAAUGGAAAGUGCAAGUUCCAUUGGUUGCACCCCGAGUGCUACUUUUUGUGAAGGAUAGGAGGAAGGAAACAGCAGCGAACGAUGAGGAUGAUAUCGACUUUGAUCAUUUCGCCUUUCAUUACGUUAUUGAGAACCCAAGUGUUCAUGAGUUAGCUUUUGUUUGCGAGUUGACAGAUUUUGAUAAAACGUGGCAAAUUGAUACGACUACAGACAAAGAAAAUGAUGAUUUGACGAAGCAGUACAUCGACUCAAAGCCGUUUACAGUAAGACCCAAUUCUCGUAAAGUUAUUCAAUUUCAAAUGAAGAAACAAAAGAAGAGCAAUAUAGCAACCGACACCGGUUCUGAGCAUGCUGUGAGGUUGCCAACAUUCAAGUUGUUUGAUAUCAACUACAAGGUGUAUUUAUACGUGGCUCCAACUCAGUCCAACGUCAAGGUAAAAAAUGGCAAUUUGUAUAUUUUAUGA